GGAUCUUUUACAGCGUUGUACAGCUGCGGUGAUGUCACUUUCUUUGGCUAGCAAGCAUAAAUUGAGCUAAUAUUUAGCAACCAAAAUGAGUUUGUUUUUGCCUAAAUUGACUUGCAAAAAGGACAUAGAUGACGUUAUCAAAGGCGUUGCGGAAAAAGUCGUCGUUUUAAGGUUUGGGAGAGAUGAAGAUACAGUUUGCCUUCAGAUUGAUGAGAUUCUGUCUAAAACGGCCCAUGACCUCAGUAACAUGGCAUCCAUCUAUAUUGUUGAUGUCGACAAGGCUCCGAUCUACACCAGAUACUUUGACAUUAGUUACAUCCCUUCCACUGUUUUCUUUUUCAACGGACAGCACAUGAAGGUGGAUUACGGAUCUCCAGAUCACACCAAGUUUGUUGGCAGUUUUAAGACCAAACAAGAUUUCAUGGACCUAAUUGAGGUCAUCUACAGAGGAGCCAUGCGGGGAAAGAUGAUUGUCCAGAGUCCUAUAGAUCCUCAAAAUAUUCCCAAAUAUGAUCUUCUCUACCAUGGAAUUUAGCCUGAACACACUGCACUAUCACUCUUUUACCUGUGGGCCAUCAUCCACUGCUGUUUAUUUAGCUGGGCAAAUAAAUGCUUUGGAUUUUUGGUACUAGGCAAACACGUGGAGAAGGUUUGAGCUAAAGUGUCUCAGAUUAGAAGACCUGUUCAAAUAUAGUAUGGACAAACUAGACACAGCGCAUUCACCUUUACAUUCAUUCUUUGGCUAUGUUCAGUGGCUCCUGUGGAUUUUUUCACUAUUGCACUGGACAUCUGGAACCUGUCAAGAAAAACAGUUCAUCUGGAAGUACGGACAAAGUGAAGUGAAACUGCUUAUGUUUUAUAAUAAAGGAAAGAAAAAAAGGACCACACUGGAAUAUUAAAUGCAGAAUUUGUUCAAAAUCAAACAAUUGCAGGCAGCACUUAAACACUAAAAGUGUAUAAGAAAAGCUGUUUGACCAAACCUCUAUGAAAUACAACUGUAUUGUAAAGGAAUUUGAAUGACUGAAAAAUGUAUUUAAAUAUAUGAAUUUCAGAUAGGAAAUUCUGUGUUCAAAUGUAGGUAAAAAAUGUUUUUAAAAGGUUCAAAAAAAAAGAUUUGUACAGACUUUUGUUCAUUUUUGACAGAGUUUUGAUAAAUGAAACAUCUAACUUUUUUAUGAUAAUAUUUAUUGCUGUUUUGAUUUAAAUUAUUUCAUUAGAAGAAUAAUUAAGGUUUAGCGUUUCAUUUUGUACGAAGAAUUUCUCUGGAUAGUUUGCCUUGUUAAAAACAAAAACAAAAAUUAAAACCUCUUGUCAGCUUUAUUAGA